AUGUCUGUUGUCGGUAUUGAUUUUGGUGCGCAGAGCACCAAGAUCGGUGUUGCCAGGAACAAGGGUAUAGAUAUUAUCACCAAUGAGGUUUCCAACCGACAGACUCCUUCCCUGGUCGGAUUCAGCGCCCGCAGCAGAGCCAUCGGCGAGGCCGCCAAGACACAAGAGACUUCGAACUUGAAGAACACCAUCGGCUCUCUCAAGCGCCUGAUCGGUCGUUCUUUCAACGACCCCGAUGUCCAGCUCGAGCAGCAGUUCAACUCCUCCAGCAUCUGUGAUGUCAAUGGAUUGGCCGGUGUCGAGGUCAACUACCUGGGCAAGAAGGAGAAGUUCACCGCGACCCAGCUGGUUGCCAUGUACUUGACCAAGAUCAAGGAUAUCACCUCCAAGGAACUGAAACUCCCUGUCUCCGAUGUGACUGUCAGCGUUCCCGCCUGGUUCAGCGAUGUUCAACGCCGGGCCAUGAUCGAUGCCGGUGAGAUCGCCGGGCUCAAUGUCCUCCGCCUGGUCAACGACACCACCGCCACCGCUCUGGGUUACGGUAUCACCAAGCUUGACCUGCCCGGUCCCGAAGAGAAGCCCCGCCGGGUCCUCUUCGUCGACAUUGGUUACAGUGACUACACUGCUACCAUUGUCGAGUUCCGCAAGGGUGAGCUGAACGUCAAGGCCACCGCCUACGACCGUCACUUCGGUGGCCGUAACUUCGACCAGGCUCUGACUGAGCGCUUCGCCGAUGAGUUCAAGGAGAAGUACAAGAUCGACAUCCGCACCCACCCCAAGGCCUGGUCCCGUACCCUGGCUGCCGCCGAGAAGCUCAAGAAGGUCCUGUCGGCCAAUCCCCAGGCACCCCUGAGCAUCGAGUCCCUGAUGGAGGACACCGAUGUUCGUGCCAUGGUCAAGCGUGAGGAGCUGGAGGAGAUGGUCCGCCCUCUCCUGGAGCGCCUUACCGUCCCUCUGGAGCAGGCUCUCGCGGAGGCCAAGCUCAAGGUCGAGGACAUUGACCACAUUGAGAUGGUUGGUGGCUCGACUCGUGUCCCCUCUAUCAAGGAGACCAUCAGCAAGUUCUUCGGCAAGCCCCUGUCCUUCACUCUCAACCAGGAUGAGGCCAUUGCCCGUGGCUGCGCUUUCUGCUGCGCCACCCUCUCUCCCGUGUUCCGCGUCCGUGACUUCGCUAUUCACGACAUCGUGAACUACCCCAUCGACUUCACCUGGGAGCAGUCCCCCGACAUCCCUGAUGAGGACACCAGCCUCACUGUCUUCAGCCGUGGCAACGUCAUGCCCUCGACCAAGAUCCUCACUUUCUACCGCAAGCAGCCCUUCGAUCUCGAGGCUCGCUACUCUAAGCCCGACCAGCUACCCGGCAAGAUUAACCCCUGGAUUGGCCGUUUCUCUGUCAAGGGCGUCAAGGCCGAUGCCAACGACGACUUCAUGAUCUGCAAGCUCAAGGCCCGUCUGAACUUGCACGGUAUCCUGAACGUCGAGUCCGGCUACUACGUUGAGGACGUGGAGGUUGAGGAGCCGGUCCCCGAGGAGGGCGAGAAGGAGGGCGAUGCUAUGGACACCAACGGUGACGAGCAGCCCAAGAAGACCCGUAAGGUCAAGAAGCAGGUUCGCAAGGGCGAUCUGGCCAUUGUCUCGGGCACCGGCGGCGUCGACCAGGCCACCAAGGAGGCCUGGACCGAGCGUGAGAACGCCAUGUACAUGGAGGAUAAGCUGGUUGCCGAGACCGACGAGAAGAAGAACGAGCUUGAGGCUUCCAUCUACGAACUCCGUGACAAGAUCGACGGUGUCUACUCCGAGUUCGCCAGCGAUGACGAGAAGGACAAGCUGCGGGCCAAGCUGACUGACAUCGAGGACUGGCUGUACGAGGAGGGUGAGGAUACCACCAAGUCUGUCUACGUCGCGAAGAUGGACGAGAUCCGCUUCAUCUCCGGCCCCAUCAUCCAGCGCUACAAGGAGAAGGUCGAGGAAGAGCGUGCCGCCGUCCUGAAGGCCGAGGAGGAGGCUGCCGCCAAGAAGCGCGCCGAGCUGGAGGCCAUGAAGAAGGCUGCCGAGGACCUCAAGAAGGCUGAGGAGGAGGCGAAGAAGAAGGCCGCCGAGGCCGAUGCGGAGAUGCAGGACGCCCCCGCCGAGGGUGAGGCUGCCCCGGCCGAGGGCGAGCAGAAGCAGUAG